AUGCAUCUGCCGUUCACGCCUAACCACGUCCACCUCAUCUCAGCCUGCUACCCACCAUCCGCAGCCCUCCCCAGCGCUGGCCCCGAAUACCUGCCCAAUUCUCAAGAACUGUCUCGUCUGACAUACUAUGCGUCCAAUCGGUCUGGGAAAAUAAACAAAGUAGCCAGUGAGCUCGAGAAACGGGUGAGGACGGAUUGCCGUAAGGCACAGGGAGGCAACAUUCGUUGUCGCGCAUCACUCCUUAUUACUCUGUACAUAUUUAAAGCGCUAGCGAACGAAUGCCGGCGUGAUAUCUCUCUCCUCACCGGGUCCCUCCUCUCCGCGGUCAACAUCACCUUGUCCGGGCUGCUAUCAGACUUGGAAGCGGCAGCAAGAGCGGCAACCGUGUUCACGGCAUGGACGACGUAUACGGAUGGCCAUCUCAUCGGCGUGGAUAGAAAUGUCACCCAAAACUACAUGUCCUGCCUUCAACAUUUCGCCUCCAUGGCCAUGAAGCAGAUAGAUGAUCGGGAAAACAGAAACCGUACGCGUCUCCUGGGCCUGACCUCUCUCACAGCUGUCGUUCAUUCGGAGGCUUUGUUUCACCAAUCUACUCAAUUUAAUCUCCAAGUCUCCACCAUUAUGCCGGCUUUGCUCACAUCAAUACUAGAAGUAGAUCUUGCUACAUUGAAUUUUGAGGCCGGCCGAAUCAAUGAAGAACCAAAAUUUGCAUUCCUGGACGAUUUUCGAACGAGACCAGCGCUCGAAAGACGCGCUGCAUCUAUCCAUCUCCACGUUGAUGGGGAGAACGGUCCAUCAUCCGCGGACGUGGUGAACACAUCCCUUCACGCGCUGUCGUCCCUGUUCGCCCAUUCGGUAGGCAUCCAAGCCUCUGUUCUCAUGUCAGCUGUGCUGGCCUUCUUUGAUGACUCUGGAGGAUGGAGUGCGGACCAACACUGCCGCUGGAUUGCUGCGAAAGCAGCUGAAUGGACACAGUAUCAGUACCGAUACGCCGUGCCAACCCGAUUGGUCGAAUGUUUAGUCGAAGGACAGGACGUGGCGGAGCCUACCGUUCGGCAUAUUACACUUGCGGCAAUGAUUACCAUGGUGUUCACCUCCCGGACUCCCCUGGUGAACUUAUCGACAUCAGAUAUGAUUUCGAGCCUCAUCUCACUGAUAUUCCGACGGGUGUCCAUCAACGUCGAUGACCCCCUGCUUCCUAUGAUAGUCGAGUGCAUUGCGUCGUUGGGCACGCAUGUCUACUACGCUGACCAAAUACAAGACCUCGCUGGCGACGUGAUCGGCCGUAUUAUACUUGUCGAAUCAAGCGGGGUUCCUGGCAUUGGGAAGAGCGAUAGCGAGCGGGCUCGCUCACAAGCACUACGAUGCCUGCUAGCUUGCUUGCUGGGACUCAUGCAUUCCGCGGAUUUGCACGAAGACUCAAACGAGGAUGUCAUGGCUCCGGAAUCCCAGACGGGAGGCACGGGCGCUGAGUUGCCUGCACCGCGCGAAAUGCAUGUCCGCCCGUCACGACGGACGAAGAUCUCCCCAGAGAUGUGGCAUGAUACAUUAGUGCUGCUCUGCGACCGUGACUACGCCGUACGAGCAGACUACGCCACCGCAUUGAUCUCCUACUUGCAGAAGGAGAUACUCAAGCUGGGUGGCGAUAACACGGACGCGGAUGGCAUCAAACGCCCUCGACCACUGGCGGAGAGUCCAUCGGAACAAGCAAGCAAUAUGAUCGCCAUGACUUACGGCGACGCUACGACCCGCUUCCUCAAUGCAUUACACGCGUACCUAUAUAUCCUUGCCACAUCUUCAAACAUGAGCUUGUACUGCGCCGAGCCUUUGACAUCGGAGCCUUCGAUAAUCGGCUUAGGCUCUGGCAAUCAGGAGGAGGGCGCGGCCGCUCAUGAACAGGAGCAACCUCGGUCGCAAAGCAGGCGUUCGACGACAGUGUCUCCGCGCUCGCGGAAGGCGUCUAUCGUACUGCGUGCUAUUCAGAACAUGCCAAAGACACUGUCUGAGUCCGCCCCUCCUGCUGCAUCAUGGUCCGACUAUGGCAAUAUUUUGGCCGUGCUCGUCACGAUGCAGGAGAGCCUGCCAAUCCGCGGGUUGCUGAUAGGCGUCCCGAUGCUGUUGGUUCUGGGCGAGGUGUUCCAGUCCGCAGACCUCGGAUCCGCUACGGCGGCCCACAAUCACGCCGCCCAGCAGAUUGUUGCCAGGGUGUGGUCGGCGAUUGGGAGAGUGUGGAGUUGCGCGGAAGUCGUGCAGCGAGCCGAUGAGGUCGUCGCUGAUAUUCCAUCCAACUCGCUUUUGCCGAGUCCUCCUCCUUUGAAGUCGGGCACUCUACCUCUGCCGCAACAUCCCGUUCCAAUUCCAUCUUUAAUGGAUUCGCUCCCUGUUCUCGAUCAAAAAUCGAUAUGCAGAUCCCUUGCGUCUAGUCAGAACGUGGUUGAAAUGAUCGGCCUGGAUUCAGAGGCCUUGUUUCGCCACUUGACUGCUCCUUGGAACGCGGAGAAUGCCUUCAAGGAUUCGAUAGAAGCGAACACGAGCUAUGAGUCGCUCACACGAGACGGCCUGUCGCCCUUGGUCAAAGUUGCGCCAACGCUGAUGCACAUCGACAACGUCUCUAUGCAGAGCCUCGCGCGCUCAGCACGUGGCGUAGGAGUCACCGACUUGCGAGACGCUCUCGAAGGGCGCAGCAGCAUCUCGAACCCGAACCUCACCAACAGAGCUCCUUCGAUUUCUACUCUCGACCACGCCUCAACGUCCGCACAUCCGGACGGAAUGCAUAAAUUAACGCCGGUGAAGUCGCGCCCGCAGCGUAGCAAGCUCGCUGGCCCUGGCGAAGUCCGCGACGUGCUCAACAAGCUGGGGAUCGGCAAACAGCACGGCGCAACUCAUUUGAAGUCAUCCUUUCCCACGCUGCAGAAGGCCGAAUCACGGACGGCUUUUACACCGCCGUACAAAGCCUAA